AGGUUUUCUUGAGCUGCAAAAAUAAGGAAAACAAGAAAAAGCUCACACCCAUCGCGUUCAGUUUUGUAUCUUUGUAUCGCCUUUUGUGACACACGUUUUGGUUUCUAACAAGCUGUUUUGAAAGCGUCCAUCAAUGCAUGUGAUUGGGUGUUCGUGUUAGUUUUGUUUUGACGUGUUUUGUUGAGGAAAAGCUAGGGAAGUAGCUAAUGCUCUAUGGGCUAACUCAGUACCCCUAACGUGGCUGUACGUCAAACACAACAACAACAACAACGUGGCUGCACAUGAGUCAAAGGAAGUUUCACAGAUGGAGAUCACUCCCAAAGCAGCCAAAUUAAACCCAGUGUAUUCUUCACCUUGUAGUUCAGUGGAGCCAAGCCCCUGUGAACUUAAAGAGGAAAAGCAUCAUCAAAAGCUGAGUUCCUCACUGAGGGAGAGGCUGAAGAGAUCAAGGCGCUCCUUCACCUCGCCCUCCUCUGUGGCCAAACGCCUUUGUGUUGAUGAUGUUGAUGAUGAGGAGGAGAAUGGCCAACAAGUUUCAGCAGAUUCCCAGGAGACGGUUAAUAAUCCUCCACUGAUCGUGCCCAAUGUCGACGUAAACAGACAUGAAGAGACAACAGGGAGUGAAAAGAUUUCUGGACCCAUUCCCGGACCAACGCAUCCUCCUUCCGAAGACUUUGCACAACAACGAGACCAACUGAGGAAGGAGGUUAAAGACAAGAUGGAGACUCUGCGCAGACUCAAGAUGGUUAAAAUGUACAGGAGCAAGAACGAUUUAACACAGCUCCAAACCUUGGUUGACAAGUGGAGGAGUUGUGCUCAGGAUGCGCUGUACGAGCUCCAGUCAGAUGUUCCCAUAGACGGACGAAAGAGCAGCCUGUCGGGGCUCAUUGACCUCUUCGGUCUGGAGGACGGCAUUCUGCACUUUGACCGCACUGAGGAGGACUUCACUACCUAAUAAAUGUGCUUUAAAACAAUCACAUUUCAAAUGUUUCUGUUAGCUAAUUGUUUUAUUUGUUGCUGCUAUACUAGAUUUAUUCGCAGCUUAAGUUGUACUUUUCAUGUUAAGUAUACUCGCUAAGAGAAGUGUAAAUAAAAUGGUGUUAUCUGUUGAA